AUGCCCUCCAGGGCCCUCUUCAUGGUCACCUCCUGCCUCCUCCUGGCUCCCCCAAACCUGGCACAAGUCACCAGCCAAGAUGUCUCCUUAGUGGCCUUGGACUCAGAGCCCCUGAACUGUUUCUCCCAAACAUUUGAGGAUCUAACUUGCUUCUGGGAUGAGGAAGAGGCAGCACCCAGUGGGACAUACCAGUUGCUGUAUGCCUACCCAGGGGAGACACCCCGGGCCUGCCCCCUGAAUUCCCAGAGUGUGCCCCCCUUUGGAACCAGAUAUGUGUGCCAGUUUCCUGCCCAGGAUGAAAUACGCCUCUUCUUUCCACUGCACCUCUGGGUGAAGAAUGUGUUCCUGAACCAGAAUAAAACCAAGCGAGUGCUCUUUGUGGAUAGUGUGGGCCUACCAGCUCCCCCUAGUAUCAUUGAGGCCAGAGGUGGGAGCCAGCAAGGGGAACUUCAGGUCAGCUGGGAGGCCUCAGCUCCUGAAAUCAGUGAAUUCCUGAGGUAUGAACUCCGCUACAGCCCCAAGGAUUCCAAGAACUUCACUGAUCCCACAGUCAUGCAGCUGAUGGCCACAGAAACCUGCUGCCCCACUCUGCAGAGGCCAAACUCAGCCCCUGAUCUGGACCAGCCUCCAUGUGCUCAGCCCAUGAUGCCCCAACAAGAUGGACUGGAGCAGACUUCCCCAACUAGAGAAGCUCCAUCUCUGACAGUGGGAGGAAGCUGCCUCAUCUCAGGGCUCCAGCCUGGCAGAUCCUACUGGCUCCAGCUGCGCAGCCAACCAGAUGGGGUCUCUCUCCGUGGCUCCUGGGGAUCCUGGUCCUCCCCUGUGACUGUAGACCUGCCUGCAGAUGCAGUGGCAAUUGGACUGCAAUGCUUUACCUUGGAUCUGAAUAAUGUCACCUGUCAGUGGCAGCAACAGGACUAUGCUAGCUCCCAAGGCUUCUUCUACCACAGCAGGGUACAGUGCUGCUCCAAAGAUAGAUACCCCAUCUGGGAGAAGUGUGAAGAGGAGGAGAAAACAAAUCCAGGAUUACAGACCCCCCAGUUCUCUCGCUGCCACUUCAAGUCACGAAAUGACAGUGUUAUUCACAUUCUUGUGGAGGUGACCACAGCCCAGGGUGCUGUUCACAGCUACCUGGGAUCCCCUUUUUGGAUCCACCAGGCUGUGCUCAUCCCCACCCCAAACUUGCACUGGAAGGAAGUCUCCAGUGGGCAACUAGAAUUGGAGUGGCAGCACCCAUCAUCCUGGGCAGCCCAAGAGACCUGCUAUCAACUCCGAUACACAGGAGAAGGCCAUCAGGACUGGAAGGUGCUGGAGCCGCCUCUCGGAGCGCAGGGAGGGACCCUGGAGCUGCGCCCACGAUCUCGCUACCGAGUACAGCUGCGCGCCAGGCUCAACGGCCCCACCUACCAAGGCCCCUGGAGCUCCUGGUCCGACCCAGCGAGGGUGGAGACCGCCUCGGAGACCGCCUGGAUCUCCUUAGUGAUUGCUCUGCUCCUGGUGAUGGGCCUCAGCUCCCUUCUGGGACUGCUGCUGCUGAGGGGGCAGUUUCCUGCGCACUACAGGAGACUGAGGCAUGCCCUGUGGCCCUCACUUCCAGACCUGCACCGGAUCCUAGAUCAGUACCUUAGGGAUACUGUGGCCCUGAGUCCGCCUAAGGCCACUGUCUCAGAUACCUGUGAGGAAGUGGAACCCAGCCUCCUGGAAAUCCUACCUAAAUCCUCAGACAGGAGCUCCUUGCCCCUGUAUUCCUCCCAGGCCCAGAUGGACUAUCGAGGAUUGCAGUCUUCUUGCCUGGGGACCAUGCCCCUAGCUGUGUGCCCACCCAUGGCUGAGUCAGGGUCCUGCUGUACCACGCACAUUGCCAACCAUUCCUACCUACCACUAAGCUGUUGGCAGCAGCCCUGA